AUGGCCGCGAAGGAUGUCGAGAGUCAGCAGCCGUCGAUCCUCAGCCAGGGCCGCACGAUGACGCUGGACUUCACCGAUGAGCAGCGGCGCGCGCUGAACACCACCCUGGCCCUGAUCUCGAUCAUCAUCUACUUCUCCGCGACCUCCUUUGUCCCGAUCGUGAACAAGGCCAUCCUCACAUCCGCGGGCCACAAUUUCCCGUAUCCGCUGGCCACCGGAUUCCUUCAGCUCGGCUUCGUGUCCUUCAUGCUGACGGUCUUCACCUCGCUGAGGUACCUGCGCAAGAAGCGCCGCGGCUCCGAGAUUUCUUGGGUCUUCGGCCCCCAUCUCGGGUACAAGCUGCGCACCAUCGCCCUGCCGGGCAUCGCCUUCGGCAUGAAGUUUGGUGUGACGAACUGGGGCUUGCGGAUGAUGCCGACUGGCAUUCACCUGCUGCUUCAGGCCUCAGAUCUGGCUUGGACCCUUCUGAUCGCCAAGUUUUGCCUGGAAGAGAACCCGGGCAGGCAAGAGAUCUUCGCAGCCGUCCUGUCCACUGCCGGAGCUGUCCUUGUCGCGUACCAGGGCACGCAAUCGGUGGAGGCACCGCUGAUUCCGGUCCUUGUGAACCUCCUGAUCCCCUUGAUGAUGGCGAUUGUUGUUGUGUUCUUGCGGCGCACCACUGUCGAGCUGCGCAGGCGAGAUAACUGCCUCGGUGGGAGGAUCACGCCGGCGGAGAUCACUGCGAUCAAGUUGGCUUUCUCCGCCUUUGUGUGCCUCCUGCUCGCCUGCCUGAUGGAGAACGGUCACGUGCAGCUUGCGACCGGAUCCGCCCAGCCUCAGCAGCAACCAGCGUGGUGGGACGCCUUGUGCGCUGGUGGCCUCCCCGCUCUGCUGACGGUUCUCUCUGGAGGGUGCGUGGUCACGAUUUUCCAGCUCAACCUGACCUGGCUGUCCACGAUGGUAAGCGCCUGUACCAUCGGCAUCAUCGGCGGGGCCAAGAUUGUGCCUCAGUACUUCGUGAACGCUAUGGUCACUGGCCAGUUCAAGCUGAACGUUUUGGACGUCAGUGGGGUUGCGCUGGUCUGCUCAGGAGCUUUGCUGUACACCGCCGCACGUGUUGAGGUGAAGUUCUGUGGGUGCAAGGGGUUCAAGGGGUUCAAGGGGUUCCAGGGGUUCAAGGGGUUCAAGAGGGGGCCGGGCCCUGUGGAGCAGCGCGAGCCUUUGAUUCCGACGCUGCUUACCUCUGACACAAGCAUCGCAAACAUCGCAACCAUCGACUUCAAGCGGAACAAGACCCAGAUCAUCAUGGAUGAUGAGAGUGACAGGAGCGACAGGGAGGCUGAAGAGGAGGAAAGGGAGGUGGCCCCGAUGCUCUUGCGCGCAACCACCUUUUGA